AUGAUUCAUUAUAGUUAUUCCUCUGCACCAACAUUCGAGGAUUUAUCACAAGAAGAACAAUUAUGUAUAGCAGAAUCUCUUGUGCCAGGAGAAACCUAUGAUGUUAUAAUUAAUCCACCAAUUUAUUCAGAAAAUCCACAUCAUUCGGGUGGUGGAACAAGUUUCAUUAUACAGCGAGGUGGUUCUAUCACAGUCGAAGUAACUGAACCUGAGGUUGAAUCAUUGCCUACUUACGAUGAU